CGUCCAUUUACCCCCUUCCCUGCCUCCUUCGCCGACUCCUGCUGUCGCGGGGGCGACAAGUCCCGCCCCCUGGCGUCACUUCCUGGAGGCGCGUCGGACCGAGGGGAGACCCCUAGUGACGGGAGGCGGCGGCGGCGGCGGCGGGGGGAUUCAAGAUGGCGGCGCUCGGGAGGCAGGCGCCGCUUCGGAAGCAGCCGAGUCCCUUCAGAGCGGCAGGCGCGGGGCGGCGAGGGCCGGGCCGGGCCUCGGAGAGACUUCCGCGUCGCCGCUGCUAACUAACGCCGGGGGAGGAUGGGGAGCGGCGGCGAGAGGGGGCGGCGGCUCCACCACCCGCUUCAGCAGCCACUGCCUCUGCGGCGUUGCUGCUGCUGACAGGACUGACCCGGGCAGAGCGGGUUCCUUUUUUUAUAUAUAUUUUUGUAUCUCUCGUUUUGUUCGGGACUGGGGAAAGGGAAACCUCGCCCUCAGGGAAAAGGCCGGCCGGUCGGUCGAGGGGAUGUGGCGCUGGAUCCGUCAGCAGCUGGGUUUUGACCCACCACAUCAAAGUGAUAAUAGAACUAUUUAUAUUGCAAAUCGUUUUCCCCAGCAUGGCCAUUAUGUUCCUCAGAAAUUUGCAGAAAACAGGAUCAUCUCCUCUAAGUAUACUGUGUGGAAUUUUGUUCCAAAAAAUUUAUUUGAGCAGUUCAGAAGAGUAGCUAACUUCUAUUUUCUUAUUAUAUUUUUGGUUCAGCUUAUGAUAGAUACACCUACAAGUCCUGUUACAAGUGGAUUACCAUUGUUUUUUGUAAUAACAGUAACUGCAAUAAAGCAGGGAUAUGAAGAUUGGUUGCGACAUAAAGCAGACAAUGAAGUGAAUGGAGCUCCAGUAUAUGUUGUUCGUAGUGGUGGCCUUGUAAAAACUAGAUCAAAAAAUAUACGGGUGGGAGAUAUUGUCAGAGUAGCCAAAGAUGAAACCUUCCCUGUUGAUCUUGUACUUCUAUCAUCUGAUAGAGCUGAUGGCUCUUGUUACGUAACUACUGCAAGUUUGGAUGGAGAAACAAAUCUUAAGACUCAUGUUGCAGUCCCAGAAACUGCAGUAUUGCAGUCAGUUGCCAACCUGGACAAACUUGUAGCUGUUAUAGAAUGCCAGCAGCCAGAAGCAGAUCUCUACAGAUUUGUCGGGCGAAUAACAAUAAGUCAACAAAUUGAGGAAAUCGUACGACCACUUGGACCCGAAAGUCUUUUGCUUCGUGGAGCAAGAUUAAAAAACACAAAAGAAAUUUUUGGUGUUGCAGUAUAUACAGGAAUGGAAACCAAAAUGGCAUUAAAUUACAAGAGCAAAUCACAGAAACGAUCAGCAGUGGAAAAGUCCAUGAAUUCCUUUUUGAUUAUCUAUCUAAUAAUCCUCCUUGUUGAAGCCAUUGUGAGUACAAUAUUGAAAUAUGCUUGGCAGUCUGAAGAAAAGUGGAAUGAGCCUUGGUAUAACCAACUCACUGAUCAUGAAAGAAAUAGCAGUAAGAUCUUGAGCUUUAUUUCAGAUUUUCUUGCUUUCCUGGUCCUUUACAACUUUAUUAUACCUAUUUCACUUUAUGUGACUGUUGAGAUGCAGAAAUUUCUUGGAUCUUUUUUCAUUAAUUGGGAUCUUGAUCUCUAUCAUGAAGAAACAAACGAGAAGGCACAAGUAAAUACUUCAGACCUCAAUGAGGAGCUGGGACAGGUGGAGUAUGUGUUUACAGAUAAAACUGGUACAUUAACUGAAAAUGUGAUGCAGUUUCGAGAAUGUUCCAUUAAUGGUAUCAAAUACCAAGAAAUCAAUGGCAAACUUGUUCCAGAAGGACUGAUUGAAGAUGUUCCAGAUGGACUACGACCUAACCUGACACAAGAGGAAGAACUUUUCUUGAAAGCUGUUUGUCUUUGUCAUACAGUGCAGAUUAUUAAUGACCAGGCUGAUGGCAUAUGCGACAGUCCUUGGCGUAGCAAUGGCAUAUCAUCUCAGCUGGAGUACUAUGCCUCUUCGCCAGAUGAAAAGGCUUUAGUUGAAGCUGCCUGCAGGGUAGGUGUUGUGCUCACUGGAGCAAGUGCAGACAGCAUGGAGUUAAAAAGCUGUGGGAAGCCUGAAAGGUACAAAUUGCUACAUGUUUUGGAGUUUGAUGCAGAUCGCAGAAGAAUGAGUGUAAUUGUAGAAAGUCCAUCAGGGGGCAAAUUCUUAUUCACCAAAGGAGCAGAAUCUGUUGUUAUUCCUCGCAGUAGUGAUGGCGAAAUAGAAAAAACAAGAAUUCAUGUGGAUGAAUUUGCUUUGAAAGGAUUAAGGACUCUGUGUGUAGCUUACAGAAAAUUCACACCCAAGGAGUAUCAGGAAGUAGAAAAACGCCUUUUUGAGGCAAAAACUGCCUUACAGCAGAGAGAAGAACGGUUGGCAGAAGUUUAUGACUUCAUAGAAAAAGACCUCGAAAUACUGGGAGCUACAGGGGUAGAAGACAAACUCCAAGAUAAAGUCCAGGAAACCAUUGAAGCCCUUCGACUGGCUGGUAUCAAAGUGUGGGUCCUCACUGGUGACAAGCACGAAACGGCUGUUAGUGUCAGUCUGUCCUGCGGACACUUCCACAGGACCAUGAACAUCCUAGAACUGGUUCAGCACAAGUCGGACAGUACGUGUGCUGAGCAGCUGACGCAGCUAGCCAGGAGAAUAAAGGAGGACCACGUCAUCCAGCACGGGUUAGUAGUAGAUGGGACCAGCCUUUCUCUGGCACUCAGGCAACAUGAGAAACUCUUCAUGGAAGUAUGUAGAAAUUGCUCCGCAGUGCUGUGUUGUCGCAUGGCACCUCUGCAAAAAGCAAAGGUUGUACGACUGUUAAAAACAUCUCCAGAGAAGCCUAUCACAUUAGCUAUUGGUGAUGGGGCUAAUGAUGUAAGCAUGAUACAAGAAGCUCAUGUUGGUAUAGGUAUCAUGGGCAAAGAAGGAAGACAAGCUGUAAGAAACAGCGACUAUGCAAUAGCAAGAUUUAAAUAUCUUUCCAAGUUACUUUUUGUCCAUGGCCACCUUUACUAUGUUAGGAUAGCAACCCUUGUACAGUACUUUUUUUACAAGAAUGUGUGCUUUAUUACACCACAGUUUUUAUAUCAGUUCUUCUGCUUGUUUUCACAACAAACUCUGUAUGACAGUGUAUACCUGACUUUGUACAACAUAUGUUUCACUUCCUUGCCAGUCCUCAUGUACAGUCUUUUUGAACAGCAUGUUCACCCUCAUGUGUUACACAGCAAGCCAACGCUCUAUCGGGACAUCAGCAAAAAUGCUCAUCUGGGUUUUAAACCUUUCCUUUAUUGGACCCUCUUGGGAUUUGUGCAUGCAUUUAUUUUCUUUUUUGGGUCAUAUCUUAUGAUGGGAGAAGACACUUCUUUGCUAGGAAAUGGCCAGAUAUUGAAACCUAACAGGCAAAUGAUGUUUGGAAACUGGACAUUUGGCACUCUGGUCUUCACAGUUAUGGUGAUAACUGUUACAAUGAAGAUGGCUUUAGAAACGCAUUUCUGGACAUGGAUAAAUCAUUUUGUCACCUGGGGUUCCAUUGCGUUCUACUUCGUAUUCUCCUUGUUCUAUGGCGGAAUUAUCUGGCCAUUUUUGCACACUCAAGACAUGUACUUUGUAUUUGUUCAGUUACUGUCCAGUGGUUCUGCCUGGUUUGCCAUAAUCAUCAUAGUCAUUACUUGUUUGUUUCCUGAUGUUGCGAAAAAAGUACUGUACAGACACCUACAACCCACAAGUACAGAAAAAGCCCAGAUGUACUCCAGCAGAGUUGCUUUAAGUGACGAAUGCAUCGCACUACAGCCAUUGUCCAGGGCACCGAGUCAGCUGAGCAAAAUUAGCUUGCUGAGACAGGCACAGGUAUCAACUGCUUGGACUCCGUGUGUUGCUUCUCAAAUGGGGAAACCGCAUGCGCAUCUCUUAGAAGAAUGCUGGAACGAAUAAUGGGACGCUGCAGCCCGGCCCGGGUCAACAGAUCAUGGAGCACUUCGGACCCCUUCUAUACCAACGACAGAAGCAUCUUAACGCUGUCUUCAUUGGACUCAGUUACAUGUUGAGACUUUUCUCAUUGUCUUUUGGAAAAACCUUGUAUUUUUUCUGACCCUAAGUUAUAAAUAAUUUUAGUCCAUCUUCUGUAACCACUCCUCUUGAACCAAUUCCCCAAAAAUGAUAGAGAAGAUUUUUAAAAAUCAUGUUUUCUCGGAGUUACAUGCUGACCACUUGGGUGAAUAGUUAACAUUUCUUUGAAUGUCGUCAUAAAGCAGUAACUGGAUAGCUAUAUAAAAAGACAAAUGGUCAUCUUUUUAGAAGGCUGUAGCUGUUCAUUUUCAGGAAAUUGUGCCAGAAAGGCCUUUCACUGAAACUGUAACCUAGUUAUGUUGUCUCAAUGGAACAAUUAGUUUCCUACAAUCAUGUUUGUUAAAAAAUGAUCUCUUGGGAUCCUUUAAAAACAGCAGCCUUGAAUUAUUUUUCAGUUUAAUCAACACAAAUAUAUUGUCACUCCUUUGGUUUUCUAUCUUCUCUGUAAAUUGAGAAGUGAAUAUCCCUUUUCAUGUCUUUGUUAGCUAACCUUGGAAUGUUUUGAACAUUGAAAAAGGCAGUGAAAAUCUGUGGCUUCUAACCUUGCUCCCCAGGCACACAUGAUUCCAUUCAGUGUGUGGGUGGGUGCUUUUUUGCCUCCUGUUUUUGCUCAAUGCGUUAUUUCUUACAUGUCCUGUGGAGGGCACUUAAAGAUUAUUUCUUCUUCCAGAUUUUGUAGAGGCUGCAAAGGUAAUGGCAGCACUUGUGAGCUUCCAACAGGCCAUGCAUGCUCUUGUCCUUCGUCAAGACAAGGUGUCAAAUAUGUCAUGAGAGAUGCUAGACAGCUACAGUAGCAAAAGAUGAUGUGUAAUGUGAUAUCAUCCAUUCAGUUUUCCCUCCCCAGCUCAACUUGCAUGGCUGUUGUUUGCAAAAGGGUUGGAAAACUGUUUCCUCAGACAUUACUGGCAUGGCAUGUCCUUAUCUUGCUUAUGUACUUGGCUCAGGAGACCCAAUGACCUUUCCAUUGUGAUGUUUUGAGGGCAGUUUCUCUAUCCAUGUGCAUGGUUACCUCUCAAAAUGGGAAAGGGCUCAGAAACCUUGCCCCAAAUGUUGCAAUCAUUUGAAUUGAACUGUUAACUUGUAAACUGUAACAUGUUUAAGUCUGCAAGUGCAUCAAGUCUUCACAGAAUACCCAAAGGCAACUAGAUUCUAUCAGAUCUUAGAAGCAAAGCUGGGUCAGCCCUGGUUAGUACUGGAUAGGAGACCAGCAACAAAUACCAGGUGCAGUAGACUAUAUUUAACAGGAAGGAACUGAUAAAAACACCUCUGAGUAUUCAUAGACUCUUAGUGUUGGAAGAGAUCGCAAAGGCCAGCCAGUCCAACCCCCUGCCAUGCAGGAAAAGCACAGUCGAAGCACUCCUGAUAGAUGAACAUCUAACCUCUGUUUAAAAUUCUUGAGGGUCAUCAUAAGUCAACACGUGACUUGAAGGCACAUACACAAAGGAGCUUGCAGCACUCCAGCGCAAUUCCCAUUCAUUUCACUGGAAUUGGCGAACAAAUCUUGUGUUCAGAUCUUUAAUGUUUCCUUUGCCUUCAUUUCCCGUUCCCCUUAUUCAGAGUUAUCCAUAUCGUCAGUGUCAUAAGUCGCUACUUCAUAUCCAUUGUUGCCAUUUCAGUUUGUCAUUUCAUGUUAUCAAGCAAAUUUAUUAGAAGAGCCAUUGAACUUUUUUUAAAAAAAUAUCAAACUCCAAGCAUUUAUUAAAAUCCAUAAUGUACAUUUAUUUUGCUGCUCCUUGAAGAGGUAAAAUUUAAGUAUUUUUUGUCCACAGAUUUGUAGUUCCGAUUUGAAGAUAAAUUGACCUACAUUUUCUUUAAACUUCCCGUUUGUUCCUCCUCUCUUUCCUCCCCUUCUCAGUGUGUGUAAGGGUACAGAAGAAGCAUGCAUUUAAACAAAUACAGGCGGAAUAUAAGAAUUCAUCUAUCCAAGCCAGGUAUAAUUUUCUAAGGAAAGUCAAGCAAAUUGAGGAUUUUAUUACACUGUUCCAUCUCUCUGUGCGUGUUAAACAGGACUUGGGUCGAACAGAAGCAGAGCAAAUAUAUUUUGUAUUGGACCACAAAUACUUUUAUAAUUUCUUAUUUAAAAACAUAGAAUAACCUCUGUGUAUUUUGGUGACCUGUUAUGUUUUGUCAUUAAGUUAAUUCAUAGGUAGAAGUGUGCUGAAGGCAAACCGAAGAAAUCGUAGGAACUCAAGUGUAAAAUUAAUGAAGUAUAUGAAUUAAUGAGAUAAGCCAAAAAAAAGGAAAAGCAGAGUGAUUUUCCUGCAGGAUUGUUUUCAGAUUUGAGAUGAAUUCUAUAAAUCAAUCAAAUUUGUACUUUUGCUUCCUGAAGUGAAUUUAUACCAUGAAAUCCCUUGAAUGAUGAGCUGAAUGAUAUGUUCAAUGAUAUGGUCAAUGAUUCUAAAUCAUGUGUUCACCAAAUGUUUUGGACUCUGCCUCCCAGAAAUCCCAGCCAUCAUGGCCAAUGUUUUAAGAUUCUGUGAGCAGAAGUUGAAAACCACUGCCCUAGGUGACGUCUGCAUAUCACAGGAUUUAUUGGUUCUGAUACACUCAAGUCUGAUCUGUUUAUAAUUCCAAUCUGCAUCUAUCCAGAUUUGUAGCAGCCUCAUUCUUAUUGUGGUGUGGUUAUACAUUGCAUACAUUCUGUAAUAUGUAUCCAACCCUCUUAUGUGUUGAACAGUGGCUGGGUAUGGAUAAUUUUAAGUCCCCUUUUUAAAGCUUAAGGUCCCUUUGUUUUAAAUGUGCCAUAGGAAUUGUUCAGCUUUCACAAAUUGUUCCCCAGGAAAGGAGUUAAAACCGUUCUUCAGACUGAAGCUGCUUGGAGGAAAACAGAACCCCAACUGCCUCCAGAUUCAACCACUUAUGAUUAAACAAAAUAUCCAAAGAAAGUAAUAUUCAAAGACUCAUUGCUAACUGAAUCUGUUUACAGUACCUCCUGGGAUGAUUACAAUGAUCUAAUGCGCUCAUUUCAUUUUUAUCUGGCUUUACUGCUAAAAAAUGUACAAGGGACAUAACUGGGAAAUAAACACAAGGGCAAAUAUACAAGGAGGAGUUUUGUAACACAAGGGACAGGUCAUACCAUCCUCAUUACUCUUCCCAUUUUAGGUUUAACCACUUUCAAUCUAGGCAAGGUUGCAUUUUGUAGGGCUAAAAAUGCUGCAACCAUUGAAAGAAGUCUAUAGCAUUUUUAUCUGAAACUUGUAAAAAGGCUGAAUCCAGUUCUUUUGUCAAGUGCAGUAUUUAGAAAUAGUUCUCCUGUCCUCAAGAUUCUUCAGUUGUUCACCAGAAUGCCAUGCAUCGUGUAGUCAUGACCUAUGUGCCCAGUAGAGACUCUUGAAAGUAAUCUAGCCUCUUCCUAUAUUAGCAAAAUCCUCAUAAAUCAUCAUCAUCAUCAUUUAAUUACUUAUUAAUCGCCCUCCAUCCAAGAUGCUCUAGGCGAUUUACAAGAUAAAAUUGUAAAGGAUAAAAAUACAUACAUACAAAUAUUGAUAAAAUUAACAUAGAUUAAAAGCUCUAGUAAAGAUGGAGCUAUACCAGAGAGGGGUCAUUCUUUCAGAUUUGUAUCUGUUCCGUUAAUGUUGUUUUCAUUCAUUUCUCCAUGUCUACCUUUUUUCAACAUUAUGUGUGGCUUCUGGUUACUCACCUAGGCUUUGAUGGAGAAGUUGCUUAUUUUGGUGUUAAGUGUUCGCUGUUAUUUCAGUAACUGAUGCUUGCUGACGAAGAGGAACAUGUGAGCUGGAAAACAUUGUUGACUUCUGACAUUUCUUUUGCUCCAGUCGCUUUGUUACUCAGACUGAGCUUCAACGCAUACAGGCAGAGCAUCACACUGAAAUCCAUGGAAUAGGCCGCUCAUUAUUCAGAAUUAUACCCAUAGCCAUUAGGGCCUCAGUCUUCCCAGGUGUCUGAUUAAAAGGCAUCUGAUUUGGUGCCGUAUCUGCGAUAGCUUCAUGGUGGAGCUCAUGCUGAACAUGCCAGAAGCCCCCUGCCAUUGCUAAUCUGGGAAAGUCUGCCAGGUGAAAUUCUGGACAGCUGCUGCCAGUCAAUAUCAAUAAUACCAGGCCAGACAGGCUAACCAAUGUAUCAGACAGACUUUUGAGACAUUGCAGUAUAUUGGCUACCACCCAAAAAGUCAUUCAGGGUUGCUAAAUUGUUUCUUUAAUGCAGUGGUUCUCAACCUGGGGUCCCCAGAUGUUUUUGGCCUUCAACUCCCAGAAAUCCUAACAGCUAGUAAACUGGCUGGAAUUUCUGGGAGUUGAGAACCACUGCUUUAAAUGCACUUUAUGUCCAUGACAGAUGAUAAAAAAGGUAGAACUGGAAGGGGGAGGUUAAAAUAGUGCAAACAAUGCUUGGAAAGAUGGAGUAAAAAAAUCCAAAGCCACCCCAUGGCCCUGAUCUAGAGAUGGAUGAUCAGACUUAAGGUUCUUGUUCUGUCCCACCUUUACCUAGGCAUAGGUUUUACUGAAUAUAAUUGGAUUUACUACUAGGAAAACAGGUCUCAUUUUUAAGCUAAUUUCAUUGUAUUAGAGAUAAAGCGGGGUAUAAAUAAAUAUAAGAGUAAGAACAAGUACAGUGGGCCCUCCACUUUUGCGGGAGAUAGGACUCCCUUGAAACACUUUUAAAACUUGAAAUAACAUCUCUCUGAAAUACUAGAACAUGCAGGGCGACACUGUGACCCCGAGAUUCCUAAAGAGAGAACAUAUUAAACCCAUGAAUAAUCAAAUCCACAAACAUUAAACCAGCAAAUAUGGAGGGCUGACUAGUGAAAAUUGUUCAUACUCACUGCUUUCAGAAGGAAUUGUCAUUGUUUCAUAGGAGUCUUUUAUUUUUAAUGUGUGGGAUAAAAGAUGUUCACACUCCUGAGAAAUAUAUUUUUAAGUUGGAGUUUCUGAUAGAAGUGAAGCGAUUCUUGCGAUACCAAAGACAUUUUAUAAAACAUGGUUAGUUUAAGGUCCUGUUGGUUGUUUCGUCCGUGUGAAGAAAGCCAUUUUGAAUUCCUGUUCCAAGCAACAACAAGGGCCAGAUCCCUGCUUUCAAGCUUCAUAAAAGAGUCUGGAUGGUAGCCUUGCAAGGAACAAGGAAUGCACCCCAUCUGAGGUGUUUUGACUCAAACUGGUGAGAAUUAGACAUUAAAGAGCAAUAAUUGGUACCAAGGAGUCUUGACCGCUGGCACUGUGGCUGCCCCUGCCACCCUUUUUAGACCCUCUGUGAUGACCGAAUUUCAUAGAGUGUGCUUACUGUAUUGCUUUGUCAAUAAGUUGUUCUACAGAAGUUUAUGGAAAUUAUAUUUAUUGAAUAAAACUUUGGACUUUUAA